AUGGAACACAUCGAGCUCGUGGCCCACGCCAAAGAGUUUGACGAGUCCCUCCAACACCAUCAACAAGAGGCGGCGCACGUCGACCAGCAUGACGUCGCCAGCCCUGCCACUUGGCAAGACAAGCCGUCCCAGGCCACUAGCGACGUAGAGAAGCAAGAGCCCACCAACGCCGCCGCACCACAUCCAAUCGACGCUGCGGGAAGCGACACCAUCGGCCCCGACAAUGCACCCGUAAAGGAUCGCGGCUGGGCGGCGUGGCGCUUCGUGCUCGCGUCGGCGACGAUGGAGUUCAUGGUGUGGGGUGCCUCGUACGGCUACGGCUCCUUCCAGGACUACCACCAGCACAGCGACGCCUCGCCCUUCCACACGGCCUCGCUCACCUCCGUCUCGUCCAUCGGCACCACGCUGCUCGCCGGACAGCACUUUAUCCCGCUCGUCGCCUUCGGCCUCUACUCGAUGUUCCCCUCGCUCAUCAAGACGUUCACCUACACCUGCGUCGCCGCCUCGGCGCUCUCGCUGCUCAUCGCCAGCUUCGCCCAGUCGGUGGCGCUGCUUAUCGUCUUCCAGGGUUUGUUGCUCGGCAUCUUUGGCGGCAACCUCUUCACCACUACCAUCCUGUGGCUACCCAACUGGUUCGACAAGAGGCGCGGCUUUGCCACCGCGCUCAUCUUUGCCGGCUCCGCCGUGGGCGGCAUCCUGUGGCCGAUUCUGUUCACACAAAUGCUCGAGCGCAUCGGUUUCAGGUGGACGCUUAGGGCGUGGGCGCUCAUGCAGCUCGUCGUGUCGGGCGGCGCGGUACUGUGCCUCCAGCCCGGCCGCAGGCUCGACGGCAUCCAAAGGCCGAUUCGGUGGAAGCGCGUCGUGCCCGGCUUUCCGCGCUCGCUCCUCUCGCCGCUCACCCUGCUCAACGCCGGCGUGAUCCUCACCCAGACCACAGCGUGGUACUCGGUGUCGCUCAACAUCUCCAACUACGCCACCGCCAUGGGCUUUAGCAGCGCCACCUCCACGGGCGUGCUCUCGGCCUUCAACGCCUCGGCGGCGGUGACGUACUUUGUGCUCGGCUACCUCGUGGACCGCUUCCCCUACCCGCUCAUCAUGGCCACCUCCACCACGCUCAACCUCGUCUUCACCGUGCUCGUGUUCGGGUUCGCCGACGGCUCGCUCACCAAGAUCAUCGUCUACGUCGUCUUCUUUGGCAUCUCGGGCGGAGGCUUCAGCUCGUUCCUCACGCCCAUGUCGCGCGAGAUUAAAGACAAGGCGCAGUCCGACGAGUUUUCGCUGCGCUUUUUGUACUUGGUCUGCAUCCGCGGGUUGGCAGCCAUGUGCGGACCCAUCAUCGCGGUGCAGUUCUACCCGGACCAGCUGGGCAAGCCGUCGGCGUACGGCAGCUUCGGCUUCACACCCUUCAUCGCCUUCAUCUCGGCCACGCUCGCGAUCUCGACGCUCGCUUCGCUCGUCGUGUUUGCCUACAAGCGCUACUCCCAGCCGCGGCACGAGCGUGGCAAAGCCAGCGCACCCGUCACGCCGCCGCCCGAGCCCAGCUCCGCGGUGUGA